AUUAAGUAGCCUCUAUUAAUUAUUUAGAAAGAAAAUAAUGUGCAUGUUCUGUAGUUACGAGAGUGCAGUGUGGACAAAAGGGUCCUGGCAGUUCAAGGCACUGAUCUCUCACCUAGUUUAUGGACUCUGAACCUUUACGCCACUGCACACACUGAAUUACAUAAAAGCUCAGUCAGACCGAGUUGAGCUCAGUCUGCUUCAGUGUUGCUUGGAGGGCCCAUCACUGCCACACUGUAGUGCUUUCAGAAGGGGUUUUGUGAGACUUGGUUGGAAUGCAGAGCGUUGUGGUUCUGGGGCUGCUGGCUUUGCUCUGCUGCUCCUCUAUAGGGACUGUACGAGGGGGGAAGAUAGUGGUCAUGCCUGUGGACGGCAGCCACUGGCUCAGUAUGAAGAUUCUGGUGGAGGAGUUAUCUCAGAAAGGUCACGAGAUGGUGGUUUUGGUCCCUGAGGCUAACUAUCAUAUCCUGAAUGGCAGCUACACCACUAGGACCUUCAAGGUACCCUACACCAUGGCUGAUCUGGAUGCUUCAUUGGAUAUAAUUAAGAAAGGGACGUUGGAGGCUCCAGGACUUCUCGAUGUUCCAAAAACUUUUGAAAUGAUUAUGAAUUUCACAGAGAUGCAAGUGAAAGGCUGUGAAGGCCUGCUGUACGAUGAGCCUCUGAUGAGGAGCCUGCAGGAGCAAGACUUCGAUCUCAUGCUGACUGACCCUUUCCUGCCCUGUGGUACGAUCAUCGCUGAUGCUUUCUCGAUUCCUGCCGUUUAUUUCUUACGUGGGAUGGUCUGCGGACUGGACCUGGAAGCAGCCCAGUGCCCCUCACCCCCUUCUUAUGUCCCAAGGCUCUUCACGGGAAACACAGAUGCCAUGACCUUCCCUCAGAGGGUCAAGAACUUGCUCAUGGUGGGAGUCGAGUCGAUCCUCUGUAAGAAUGUUUAUCGCAGCUUUGAUGAACUGGCCAGCCGAUAUCUCAAGAAGGACACUACCUAUAAACAGCUUCUUAGUCAUGGUGCAAUUUGGUUUAUGAGGUACGACUACAUGUUUGAGUACCCUAGACCCCUAAUGCCCAACAUGGUGAUGGUUGGAGGCCUGAAUUGUGCCAAGAAGAAGCCCCUGCCAGCGGGUCAGUACGAGGGGGGAAGAUAGUGGUCAUGCCUGUGGACGGCAGCCACUGGCUCAGUAUGAAGAUUCUGGUGGAG